GAUAAUUUCCUAUUUUUGUAGUUCAGGAGUCAAUGAUCCAUGGGAAAGAUGUUAACUAUAAUAACUCAGGAAUAAAUAUUUCACCUUGAACUAAGAUUUCAUCUUGAAUUGUGCAUGCCCCCUGUGUUUGUGUUCAAGUGGCUGCAAAAUUGUUUUUUUCCCCAAGAGCUACCCUCUAUUCUUUACCAUACUGAAUUUUCAUAUGUGAUAGGCAAUUAAUGGACAACUUGUGGCAAGGAAUUGGUGCUGGUUCUCAGCAGUUGGGUGAGGUGAAUUACACCCCUGGCAUCGACAUAGGUGAUCAGCAACUUAACAACUUCACUCCUGAGGGAUCCGAAAACGUUGACCCUAUGCCAGCAAAACCAGCAAAGCCUAGGAAAGGCGGACCCGGACCCAAACGUUUGAAGAACUUCAGCACAAAGGAGGAUGAAAUCUUAUGCUCGGCAUACUUGAAUGUGAGCAAGGAUCCUAUUGUGGCAGUGAACCAGUCAACGGGAUCAUACUGGGCAAGGAUAACAGCUUAUUGCGAAGAACACAACUGCCCAAGGUCAAAAUCUUCCCUGCAGCACAGGUGGGGCGAUAUCCAGAAGGAUACUUCAAGAUUCUGUGGGUUCUACGCUGAGGUUGAAAGGAAAAACCAAAGUGGCAAGAGUGAAGAUGACAAGGUCAAAGACGCCCUCCAGAUGUAUGAGGGUAUUGUCGAUUCCACUUUCAAGUUCAUUCAUUGUUGGUACAUGUUACGCAAUGAGAUGAAAUGGAACGAGUGGCUCGCUUCCAUGUCUGCAAGCAAUGGGUGGCCUAAGAUAUGAUUUCCCAUAGAGCUCAACUAUUGUCCUAGUGAAUUCAUCGACACACUCAAGGAUCG